AUGACUGCACUACCAACUCCCACCCUCGUUGAUCUGACACCCAGUGUUCGCCUGGUGCACCCACUCUCACGACGAGGCCAUGGACCUGGUUUGAUUGUUCUCUCCUCCGACGAAAGUGGUGCUGGGGUGCAGUUGGACGACGGUGUCCCUUCACCACUUAUGAAAUGGGCCGAAGAAGGAUACGCCGUGGUGGAGAUUGGUGCAAAUGCAGAGCCGGAGAACGCCUUAUCAACCGCACUUACGGCUCUGGCCAGUUGUGAGAGCUGUGCACCGAAGGAGAAGGUUGGGAUAGUAGCGUAUGACCCAGAAUCGUGGUCUAAAUGCGAGCCAUUCGUGGCUAAGCACCCUGAAAUCGUUGGUGUCGUCGCAUAUGCAAAUGCAGCUACGCCGAUUACAGAAUCUUCUAUUCCCAUGUUGCAGCACUUGGCUGGUGCAGCAGCGACAAAACCUACAUCGUCGUCGGGGGCUAUAAAGCUGUACCACUAUCCCGAAACAGAGGCAUAUCUCUUUGCGACACCAUUCCAAAAGACAUUCAACUACUCUAGCGAGGCCAUAUCACACAGCCGAAACUUGGCUUUCCUCAAACCUCUGAUGAAUGGGCCAUAUUUUGAUCUCGAGGCUAUUUGGGAUGAGCACACGUAUUAUGAAUUUGACACGCGAUCCGUGGCCGACACAAUGAGCACGAUGGUUCAGGAGCCUUAUGUGAACCAUAUCCCCACGUUGACUGGGGGCAUCGGCAGAGAGCGUCUCUCCUACUUUUACGCCAACCACUUCGUCUUUCAAAAUCCCAAGGACACCGAAAUCGAGCUGAUCAGCCGGACCAUAGGGAUUGACCGAGUCAUUGAUGAAUUCAUAUACAAAUUCACGCACGAUAUGCAGAUCGACUGGCUACUGCCGGGCAUCCCACCGACUGGCCGCAAAGCCGAACUCCCAUUUACCGCAGUCGUCAACAUCCGCGGCGACCGGCUUUACCAUGAGCAUAUUGCGUGGGACCAGACGACGGCGUUGAUUCAACUCGGCCUGAUGCCCGAGUAUCUUCCAUGGCCGUACCCUAUGCCGGACGGAUCGCGUGUGCCGGAGGGGAAGAGGGCUGAGUAUCGAGUGCCGGGCGCCGGGCGAGAGACGGCGCAGAAAAUGAGGGACAGGAAUGGCCCACCGUCGAAUAGAAUGUUUGAGCAUGGCCUGCGAGUGGUUGACGCUUAG